AUGUCUGCCGAAGCCGCCACCUCCCCUGCCCUCGUCGCCGAGAAGCCUGCCGCUCCCGCCUCGGCCACCGCCCAGUCCACCCCUGCCGAGGGCGCGCCUACCCCCGCCCCCGCCGCUGGUGUUUCCGCCUCCCUCUACGUUGGCGAGCUUGACCCCAGCGUCACCGAGGCCAUGCUUUUCGAGAUCUUCAACAUGAUCGGCCCUGUUGCCUCUAUUCGUGUCUGCCGAGACGCCGUGACCAGGCGAUCCCUCGGCUACGCGUACGUCAACUACCUCAACGCUGCCGACGGUGAGCGUGCCCUCGAGCACCUCAACUACUCUCUCAUCAAGGGACUCGCUUGCCGAAUCAUGUGGUCUCAGCGAGACCCCGCCUUGAGGAAGACUGGCCAGGGAAACAUCUUCAUCAAGAACCUCGACCCCAGCAUCGACAACAAGGCUCUCCACGACACCUUUGCUGCUUUCGGUGACAUCCUUUCUUGCAAGGUCGGCACCGACGAGAACGGCAAGAGCCGAGGAUUCGCUUUCGUCCACUACUCUACUGCCGAGGCUGCCGAGGCCGCCAUCAAGGCUGUCAACGGUAUGCUCUUGAACGACAAGAAGGUCUACGUCGGCCACCACGUCGGAAAGAAGGAGCGUCUCUCCAAGUUUGAGGAGCUCAAGGCCCAGUUCACCAAUGUGUACCUCAAGAACGUCGACCCUGAGCUUUCCGAGGAGGCUUUCGAGGAGCUCGUCAAGCCUUUCGGUGCCACCGUCUCUGUUGCUCUUUCCAAGGACGAGAGCGGCGCCUCCAAGGGUUUCGGUUUCGUCAACUAUGAAAGCCACGAGGCCGCCAAGUCUGCUGUCGACGCUCUUAACGAGAAGGACAUCAACGGCAGGAAGCUCUACGCCGGCAGGGCCCAGAGCAAGGCUGAGCGAGAGGCUGAGCUUAAGAGGAGCCACGAGGAGAAGAGGCUUGAGAACGAGGCAAAGAGCGCUGGUGUCAACCUCUACGUCAAGAACCUUGACGACGAGUGGGAUGACGACCGUCUCCGUGCCGAAUUCGAGUCUUUCGGUACCAUCACCUCUUCCAAGGUCAUGAAGGACGACAGCGGUGCCUCCCGAGGUUUCGGUUUCGUCUGUUACUCUUCCCCCGACGAGGCCACCAAGGCUGUCUCUGAGAUGAACGGCAAGAUGAUCGGCACCAAGCCCCUCUACGUCGCCCUCGCCCAGCGCAAGGAUGUCCGACGACAGGCCCUCGAGUCUCAGAUCUCGCAGCGAAGCCAGCAGCGAAUGCAGUACGGCGGUGCCGGUUUCCCCGGUGGUAUGCAGGGCGGCUACAUGGGCCAGCCCAUGUACGGCUACCCUCCCAUGCCCGGAUACCAGCCCAUGCCCGGCAUGCCCCCUGUCCGUGGCCCCAUGAUGGGUUACCCCGGUGCUCCCCAGGGUAUGAUGCAGGCUCGUCCCCGAUUCGGUCCCAACGGCCAGCCCAUCCCCGCCCCCUACGGCAUGCCUCCUCAGGGUCCUUACCCCGCUGGUCCCGGCUACCCUGUCCGACCCGGUGGUGGCCGAGCUCCUGGUGCGCCCAACGGCAACGGUCCCCGAAACGGUGGCCCUAGCCCCGUCGGUGCUCCCCAGGGUCUCCCCACUGGCUCCAUCCCCCGAGGUGGCCAGAUGCCCGCUCGACCCCACGAGCAGGCCGCUGCUCCCGCUGCCCAGCCCGGCCGACUCGACGCCCAGACUCUUGCCAGGGCUCCUCUCCAGGAGCAGAAGCAGAUGUUGGGUGAGGCCCUCUACCCCUUGAUCUUUGAGACCCAGCCCGACCUUGCCGGCAAGAUCACUGGUAUGCUCCUCGAGAUGGACAAUGCCGAGCUUCUCCACCUUGUCGAGUCUCAGCCCGCUCUCCAGGAGAAGGUUGACGAGGCUCUCCGAGUGCUUGCCGAGUGGGGCAAGAACGACGAGGAGAAGGCCGCUGCCGAGGGUACUGAGGAGGCUGCCGCCAAGCCCGAGGAGGCCAAGAAGGAGGAGGAGACCAAGGAGUAA